CCCACCAAGUCAGCCACAUUCCUCCUUUACUUGUGGCUCUGAGGAGGAGCUCAGUUGUUUAUUCAUUCACGUCACCCCCUCUUUCGUUGCCUUCCUUCCUUCCUGCUACACACAACGGGGACCCGCCGUUGUAACUGUUUUCCGACGUUAAUAAUAACCACAGUCACGUCGCCACCAUAAAUCGAUUUUGGAAUCAGGAGGAGGCGAGCCGGCGCCUGGGUAGAUGUGAGCCCAAGGUAAUGGCCAGGCUGGUGGACGCAGGCACACAGACAGAUCCGGUCGUUGUGCUGUCCUUGGCCCAGGCUGCCGUGCUAGGUCUUAUCUCCCAGAAUGAAGUGUUUGGCGCUACCAUCGCACCCAACGGCUUCUACACCGGUGAACCCAAAGAGUCCCCAGCACCACCAGUAGACGGAGUUGACUACGAAUACGCAGACCAACUUAUUGGAGCCAACGGAGAUUACCUAGGAGACAAUUUGGGAGAAGACGGCCAGAUGCAACCCAGCUGCAGCCAGAGGAGGUGGCAACAGGGCCCCCCACAACAUCCUGACAGUAAAAUGGUUGGUCCUGAUCGGCACAGUGUCCAAGGCGGUGAUGGGUCUUCGUCCCAUGUGAAAGGAGAAGGGGUGAACUCUGGGAUGGCUUCGUGUGUCCACAUGCUGAACAACCUGGCUCCCAGAGGUGGUUUAGUGCAAGUAGACCCAGCCAGCCUCAGAGUUUCCAACAAGAACUGUGUGGAGUGCGAACGGGACACCUCUACCCAGCAGCAAGCCAAUGCACAUGGGCACCCUCCUCCUUCCCAGGUGGGCCACAGAGGCGGGGAGCCGGGCCACAGAGCGGUGCAGAGCCAGCGUAGCAUGGGAGGUCACAGUCGAGGUGGGCGGGAGGAUGAGGAGGAGGUAGAACAUCAGGGGAACAGCAUGAUGAAGCCCACCCAACAGGAAGAGGCCAUCAGCAGCUAUUUCCAGACCAGUGAGGUUGGCAGCUAUGACUCGGGUGAAAUGGCUAUGGGGGGCGAGUACGAGGACAACAGCCAAGGCAUGAUGUGGACAGACGGGAACAGCGGAGGGGGAGGGCAACAACAGCAACAACAUCACCAGCCUCCACGCCGGCAUGGUGGCCGCAGGGUGGACAGGCUGGACAUUAACAUCCAAAUCGACGAGUCGUACUGUGUGGAUGUAGGAGAUGGCCUGAAGCGCUGGAAGUGCCGCAUGUGUGACAAGUCGUACACCUCCAAGUACAACCUGGUCACACACAUCCUGGGCCACAAUGGCAUUAAGCCACAUGCCUGCCCCCACUGUGGGAAGCUCUUCAAGCAGCCUAGUCAUCUUCAAACCCACUUGCUUACCCAUCAGGGUACCCGGCCCCACAAGUGCACAGUCUGCAAAAAGGGCUUCACCCAGACCAGCCACCUGAAGCGCCACAUGCUACAGCACACUGACAUCAAGCCCUAUAGCUGCCGCUUCUGCCGUCGUGGUUUCGCCUACCCCAGCGAGCUACGUGCCCAUGAGGCCAAGCAUGAGCGUGGCCGCUGCCAUGUCUGUUCGCAGUGCGGCAUGGAGUUCCCAACCUAUGCCCAUCUGAAACGCCACCAGACCAGCCACCAGGGCCCUCAUACCUUCCAGUGCACAGAAUGCAACAAGUCGUUUGCCUACCGUAGCCAGCUCCAGAACCACCUCUUGAAACACCAGAGCCCACGGCCUUACACCUGCUCCCAGUGCGGCCUGGAGUUUGUUCAGCUUCACCACCUGCGGCAGCACUCGCUCACUCACAAGGGGAUGAAAGGCCAUAAGUGUGACGUGUGUUCGCGAGAGUUCACCUUGUCUGCCAACCUGAAGAGACACAUGCUCAUUCACAACAGCAUCCGGCCUUUCCAGUGUCACGUCUGCUUCAAGAGUUUCAUCCAGAAACAGACCCUGAAGACCCAUAUGAUCGUUCACCUGCCCGUCAAGCCAUUCAAGUGCAAGGUUUGUGGCAAGUCUUUCAACAGAAUGUACAACCUUCUUGGCCACAUGCACCUCCACGCUGGCAGUAAGCCCUUCAAGUGUCCUUACUGCACCAGUAAGUUCAAUCUGAAGGGCAACCUCAGCAGGCACAUGAAGGUCAAGCAUGGAAUGGAUGUCUCACCUGAGGGACAAGAAGUGCUUCCAGAUAUGGAGAGUCAGGGGGAAUAUGAAGGGCAAAACUUCAACUUUACAUCACCAAACAAUAUGGACAAUGGCAGCUCCCAGAACCUCACUAAACUCACGACGGCAAACAUGGAGGACAUGGAGGAGUAUUACAACUUUGGGAAGGAUACAAGCAACUACACUACGCCAUGAGUGGUGACAAAGCAGAUAAAAAAAAAUUUUCUGUUUGUUUCUGAGGCAGAAACAAUUUGCAAAUUGCUGUCUGGGCUUUGGAAGACACUAGGGUGUUUUUUGUUUUUUCCGUUUUGGCCUCCUCCAAGAGCCCAGAACUAAUGAAGACUGAUGAGAGGCCGGGAAGGAGACGCACUUCAAAGGAGACGUUUCAGCUCUGUUGCUGCAAACAGAGACGCUGAGACUGUUGACAUGGUCUGGAGCUCCUUUUUGGAAUUACUUCCCUACCGAUUCAACACCUUUCUGAUGGACUGUCAAAUCUGUAUGUUGUGUGUAUGUACCAGUUAUUUAAAAGAAAAAAAAAGAAAAGAAAAAGAAAAAAGUUGCAGUCGCCGAGCCAUCACAAUUGCAUUUGAUGUGCGAAAAAUUUGUUUACCAUUUCAUCAUUCACAAAAAAAAAUGUAUGCCCUUAUAUUUUUUACUUAAAGUGCCAGAAAGAUAUGUUCGCAACUACGCUUUCACCGUGUCCGCUAUUUACUCACUGUAUAUCAAACGUUUGAUGCAUAGUCACAACAUAUUCAUAGGUGUGAAUGCUCUUACUAAACGAUUCCUAAUAGUAGUUACCCAUUCCUGCCCUAUUCUCAGUCAGAAACAUGCCCCUCUUGCAAUGUGUGCGUGUGUGUGCGUGUGUGUGCGCGUGUGUGUGUGCGCACGCCUUGCAUAGGACACUGUGCACCAUAUCCUCGCCAGGGCACUUACUACCAAAGUUACAACUGUCCUGUGACGGCUGAUGCGAGAAAAUAAUGUGACCAACUUGUAAAGCACAAAUGAUUGUGCAGCAUUCGGUGUGUUUCUCCACCAUUUUCUGUUUUCACACAGUUUAGAUUGACAUUAAUAAUCCUACCCCCCCGUAGUGAGCGUCCUGCUCAAGGUUUGAACAGUUAGCGAUCGAACAGUACAAUGCACUUUCCAUUGAAUCCUGUCAUUUUCUGUGAAAGCUGUCCUCCAUUAGUAACAGAAGCGCUUGGGGAAACGAGAUACUAGAAUCUUUCAGGCACCCAUAACCGCAAUAUUAUUUUACACGAAGAGGUAUGCCUUUUGUAAACUGCAGUUUCAUUGAUAUGGAUAUUUCAAUUGUCAAUUUGCAAGUGGUUUGAGGAAUGAGGAGUUUGUACGGAGACUCAGCAGUAUGUUUUUUUUUUUUUUUUUUAAUGUUUGUAGUUUCAGGACUUUGUUAAAUUCAGUGCUGGUUCAAUUCAUUUUUUGAUUUACACAAUUUAAUGAACCUACACGCACCCUUAGACUUGACAAAAAAAAAGAAAAAAAAAGGUUGAGAAUUAGAGACCUUAAAAGGGUUAACAUAUCCAUACCUAUUAAUAGAAAGAAGAACAUGUAGUCCGUCGUUGUCAAAGAAUUGGCAGGUUGUAGUUAAUUUUUCAGUUGUUUAAAUCGAAAAUGGAUUGAUACCAGUCCUGCUGUUCUUAGUUAUGUUUUGGGGAAAAGAGUCAGCUCCCCCUGUCCUGCCAUGCAGGUCAGCCUUGAUAUGCACACUAAACCAGAGAAAUGGUAUAUUAGGUUUUUUUUUCCUUUUUUUUUUUCUUUUUUUUUUUUUGAAUGAGGAAUAUCAAACGGAGGCCUCAUGGAAAUUUACCAUGACUUAUUUAAUAAAGGUUCUCUAGUUUAAAGCAUGAAAGCCUGUGUUUUAAUCUGUCACCAUUUCAGGGUUCAUCCAAGUUGUCCAAAUUUAGU